AAACAUCUAAUGGCUGUUCACAAGAUUGAUCCUGUGAAAACCGACUACAUCUGUGGUCACUGUGAACUAGAGGAUAAGUCACUUCGCGUCAUUUGGGAACAUGUCGUGGAGCGUCACAAAACAAUCGAUGAAACGGAAGAAAGAAGAAUUUGUCUCUACGACAUGAAUGUGUUCCAAAAUGAUCGCGCAUAUGCUGCGCAUAUGCUAAACGAACACGGUCUGCCAGCAUGGGAUGUGAGCCGAGAAAUCCUCACUUCUAUACAGCCUGAGACAGCUUUUGAUGGAGCAGUCAGGACAUACGAUAUAGUGCCGAUGGAAACGGAAGUGGACCUACUAGCGCUGUUCGUGACCAUGAGAGACGAAAUCGAAGAGCUGAUACUUCAAAACACUAUGUAUGAGCCUCAGAAAGCUCAAUUGUCGGCAGAAGUAACUCUUGAAAAAGAGAAGGCAGAUGGCACAGAAGAAGUAAUAACCAUCUUCGCCAAUUGCAAAAUGCUUGCUGUAGACGUUCAAGGAUGGACCCAGGACCAAUUCUAUGAUUGCGUAGACCAAAUAUUGUCUACUGUCCAUCAAUAUGCGUCUCAUGGUAGUGGCUGGAGAAUCCGCAGGAUUGAUAAGAUUGUCCUAAAAAUGGUGAAGUCUGCACCGAUCAGGGGUUCAUCGUACUUGCCACUACCAGCCGAUCUACUGAAACUCAAACGCUUCUUGUUGAAUAUUCGCAACUAUGAAGACGAUCGAUGCUUUGAGUACUGCUUCGUUGCUGAGUAUCAUCGGCAGAACAAUAUCCCGCUCACUCUUCGUACGAUGCAGAGUAAAGAGGAGGAGAAAGCGAGCUUCUAUGAUUAUCGCAGAAACUCAAGAGCGCACGAGCCAACUGGCGAUUUUGUGUACCCAAUGGGACUACCGGCUAUUGCACGCUUCGAAAUUUUGAAUGAAGUGCAAGUGAAUGUCUUCAGGUACAAUGAAAAGACUCUUCUACCCCUGAGAGUGUCAAAAUAUCAGACUAAUUUUGUUGUGGAUUUGCUGCUUCUAAACGAUAUGGGCACGCAUCACUACGUCGUGAUAAAAGACCUGAACAAGCUAGUGAGCAAAAUGCAAAAAAGAAAACUGAGAUCGAGAAACAUGCUGUGCCGAAAUUGCUUCCACCGGUGUUCAUCUCAGGAACGACUUGAGCGCCACCAGUUAAUCUGCAUGGGGAACGAACCAGCAAUCGUUACCAUGCCAAAUGUUGACAAGAGCAGCGUAGGCUUCAAAAACAUCGGUGCUCGAAGCUAUAGCCCAUUCGCGGUUUACUUUGAUUUGGAGUCUGUGCUGGAGAAGGUGGAGACGGUGAGAAAUAAUCCUAACUGCUCGAGCACAACCGUGAUUGAAAAACAUAAGCCCAGCAGUUUUUGCCUUGUCGUUGUGGAAGCUGGAAACCCGAAACCUGCGUUUUUUUCACUUCAUCGAGGAGUGGACGCCAUGACUAAAUUCGUUCGAAUGCUGGAAGUAUUGGCGCGUGACUUCCAUAAUAAAAAACGACGAUACCCGAACUACCUCGGAAGCACCACUAUUCUUGAAGACAGUGACAAAUGCUGGAUUUGCGAAGAGGAAUUCUCCGAAACUAACGCAAAAGUUUUGGACCAUAAUCAUUUCGAUGGAUCAUUCCUCGGAUGGGCUCACAACAAAUGCAACUUCCUGAGACGUACCAUACAAUUCACCCCUGUCUUUGCCCACAAUCUCCAGAAUUAUGAUUUGCACCAUGUACUGAAGAGUCUGCAAGAUACCAAUACCAGAAACACCUUUUCGGUCAUUCCUCUCAAUGACGAAAAAUUUAUUUCACUAACAAUGAAAGUGUGGAUUAGAUCGUACACUAGCGAAAAAGGAAAUGUCCAACAUGUCUACGAAGAAAUCCGUUUUGUGGACAGUUGUAAAUUUAUGAACAGCUCACUCGAUGAGCUAGCCCGAAAUCUACCCGUGGAAAAGUUCAUCUAUCUCAAUAACCACUUUGCUACCCGACCGGAAGAAGAUAAAGCAUUGAUUCGACAAAAAGGUUACUUCCCCUACUCGUAUGUUGACAGCCAUGCAAGAUACACAGAAGAUGGACUACCUGCACGCGACAAGUGGACCAACACGCUGCAAGGAGGUGUUGUUAGUGUCAGUGAAAAAGAAUACCAACAUGCAUGGUUAGUGUACACUCGUUUCGGUUGUCAGACUUUGGGCGAAUACAGCGAUUUGUAUCUAACGACUGAUACCUUGAUUCUUGCAUGCGUUUUUGAAGAGUUUAGACGAGUGUGUUAUGAAACAUAUAAGCUAGAUUGUGCUCAAUAUUUCACGGUUAGCAAUCUCUCAGGGGAUGCAUUUUUGCGAACAUGCAAGGCUGACCUACAUUUGCUCACUAAUAGGGAGCACUUGGAUAUGGCAGAAAACCUGAUCAGGGGGGGCAUUGCAAGUGUGUUUGAAAAAAGACUUGUUUCCGCCAACAAUAAAUUUGUGAAAAAUUACGACCCUAAACAGCCUAACACUUUCCUCUUCAUGAUAGACGCGAACAAUUUAUACGGCGGGAUUAUGGAAAAAUUUCCUCUUCCACUUAACUCAUUUGAGUUUAAUGACCAAGUUACUAUAGCUGAAAUUCUCAACACGAGCAGAGAAUCCGAAAUUGGAUACAUUUUGGACGUCGAUCUUUUAUACCCCGAUCAUUUGCAUGAUGCACAUUCGGAUUACCCACUCGCCCCAACAAAAGAAGUUGUGUCCAAAAUGUGGCUCAGUGAGCUUCAAUUGGACAUGAUGAAAAAAAUGAACAUUUCGGAUAAAUUCCAUUACAACAUAAUCAAGAAAAAUUUUGACGCAACUCUUUUAUAUUCGGACACUGAUUCGUUCCUGUAUGAAAUCCGCAGCAAAGAUCUCUACAAGGAAAUUGAGAAAAACCAUGAACUGCGAAAUCAUUUUGACUUUUCAAAUCUACCAGUCACCCACCCCCUCUACACCAACGAGAAUUUGCGCGUUACCCUGAAAUUCAAGGACGAGUUUGCUGGGGAGAUCAUACAGGAGUACGUCGGACUAAAACCCAAACUGUACAGCAUUAUUUCUUCGAACAUGGACAAAAAAAGCUCGAAAGACAGAGUAACUACUAGUCCUUUCGGACAUAAACGUUUGCGUGAGGAUAUGUUCAUAAGAGAAAUUGGGCGCACCAUGGACUGGGGCGAAUACGACGUAGACGACGACGCCCUGGUCCCAACUCCCACCGAUAACGGAAGUGGGGAGGAUUUGGCUGAAGCUAUAGAAGCGCAGGGUGGGUAUUAUGUGGAUAUUUUUACUCUACCAGAUAUGGGGUUCAACCAACCCACAUACACUGAUCAAGAGCUAGAACAGGAUUUGGUAGAUUUCGACCAGCUAAGUGAGCAAAAUGAGUCAGAACCAGCAGCGUACAACUGCCCCUAUUUGGACAUUGAAGCUCGAGAAGAAAACGAGCGGGAAGAAAUUAGACCACCUAAACGGCGGCGGUGCUUAAAUCGACGUGCUUUUAUAUUAGACGAUUCUGACUAA